GGCAGGCGUCGUCAGAUGAGCUGUCGCCAUAAGCCAUCACUAGCCGUCCUGUAACUAGGCGCAAUGGUGGAGCCUGUAGUGUAUUUUUUUCGCCAUGUGAACAGCAACCAAGCUCCUAUCUCAGUGUUACUUCGCAACCUAUUAUCCAAUAAGCUGUCAACCUCCAUCGUCGCCGUAAGGUAUCAUAUCCCGUAUAGCACCAUACCUCCUCCAUCUCACCUCUACUACUAUUACUAUUACUACCUACAGUAUUAUCUCUAGGCUCAAGUGGGUAGGCAGGUCAGUACAUGUAGGUCGGUAGGUGGCCGUAUGUAGCUCAAGGACAGGUACCUCUUAUCCGUUGCCCCUCACUUUACGCUGUACCUUCCCUUGCAUAUAAUGCCCAAAUGCCCCGCACUCUACUCACACGACUGCCUCACCACCAGCAUCUUGCAACCUUAACAUCAUUCCCAUCAUUCCCAUCAUCAUCAUUACAUCUAAGGGGAAUCUCCAAUCGGCAUUUAAAUCGAGUGUCUAAUCGGUGUCUCGGUUCCUAUUCUAUCGUAGCCCGCCCUUCUCUAGUUUGUGGAUAUUCACAGCCAACUACUGGUAGACUUCCUCCUACGCUUUGCGCCGUUGGCUCGACCAGGAGAACUUAUUUAACACCCGCCAUCCAAGCCCACCAAGCACGCAAAAUGGCCCCUCAACUCGACGGCUACUUCGCCGAGGUCGACAAGUUGUCCAACCACUUCAUCGACCGUCUUGCGAAGGCUGUUGCCAUCCCCUCCAUCUCCUCCGAUGCUAGCCGUCGUCCUGAUGUCGUCCGCAUGGGCGAGUUUCUGGCUGACGAACUAAAGAAGCUCGGAGCCAGCGUCGAGCUGCGACCCCUGGGCAAGCAGCCCGAUAAGCCUGAACUCGACCUCCCGCCCGUCAUUCUGGCUCGUUACGGUAGUGAUAAGAACAAGCGGACAAUCCUGGUAUAUGGUCACUACGAUGUACAGCCCGCCGAGAAGAGCGAUGGCUGGGCCACCGAACCCUUCGAAUUGACCGUCGGCGAGGACGGCCGCAUGUUUGGCCGUGGUAGUACCGAUGACAAGGGCCCCGUCCUCGGCUGGUUGAACGCCAUCGAGGCCCACCAGAAGGCUGGCGUCGACUUCCCCGUCAACUUGUUGAUGUGCUUUGAGGGUAUGGAGGAGUAUGGAUCUGAGGGUCUCGACGAGCUGAUUGAGAAAGAAGGCAAGGGCUACUUUGCCGACGCUGAUGCCGUCUGUAUCAGCGACAAUUACUGGCUUGGCACCGAGAAGCCAUGCCUGACAUAUGGUCUCCGCGGCUGCAAUUAUUACAGUGUCGAGAUCUCUGGUCCCGGUGCCGACUUGCAUAGCGGUGUCUUCGGUGGCACCGCACAGGAGCCUAUGACAGAUUUGGUCCGUGUGCUGGGUAGCCUGGUCGAUACUGAUGGCAAGAUCCAGAUCCCCGGCAUCUACGAGCAAGUAGCACCCGUGACAGAAGACGAGGAGAAGCUAUACGACCCAAUCGCAUUCACAAUGGAGACAUUGCAUGAAUCGCUAGGUUCUACGACUACCAUAUAUGAUGAUAAGAAGCGCACAUUGAUGGGCCGCUGGCGGUUCCCGUCACUAAGUGUCCAUGGUGUGGAGGGCGCCUUCUCUGCUCCUGGUGCUAAGACUGUGAUCCCUGCCAAGGUCAUUGGCAAGUUCUCCAUCCGCACUGUUCCCGACAUGGAGAUUGAGCAGACCAACGAGGCAGUCUACAGCUAUGUCAAGGAGGUAUUUGCGAAGCUCAAGUCCAAGAACACUCUAAAGGUAUACGCCCAGCACACCGGCAAGUGGUGGAAAGCAAGCCCGCACCAUUGGAACUUCCGCGCCGCUGGCAAGGCUACGGAACGUGUAUGGGGCGUCCAGCCUGACUUCACCCGCGAAGGUGGAAGUAUCCCUGUCACCUUGACCUUCGAGCAGGCCACGGGCAAGAAUGUUCUGUUGCUACCCAUGGGUAGCUCAACAGACGGCGCGCAUUCCAUUAACGAGAAACUAGACAAGCGCAACUACAUUGAAGGUAUCAAGCUGCUAGGUGCUUACUUGCACUACGUCGCUGAGGAACCUCAAAAUUAAGGGGUCUUUUUUUUGAUACGAUGGCGGGCUCUAAAAGGCUCUUCAUAUUUAUCGCAAGAUCUUUGUGUGAGGAGAUCAAAAACAUGUAUGCAUUUUGUGACAGACUCUUUGAUGAAGUCUGCUGAAUCUUGUUGGGCAUGCUAAAAUGAUCUAAAAACAACACACACCUUCCUUUCCAAGUAGAUUAGUUGUAAUGCUGCUGAGUUAGGGCCUUGAUAUACCCAAUACAAAAAUUUCAAAUCAGAGUUCGCAGCUGAAGAUAAGCCUUUGGAAGUUGUGGGUAGACGUACUGAAUUUACAUGUUCGAGCUUCUGGGGCUGAUUUUCUCAGCUCUCGCUCGGUGUAUUAUGUUAGAAGCAUUGAUAUUUACUAACUCACAAAGAUUUGGAUGCAUUAUGUCCAUAGUGACCAAGUGCUAUUAUCGGUACUAUAGCUCUGAUCCCGGAUGGCACGGCAGAAUGCGGUGGUUUUCCACUUAGCUAAUACCAAACGCUCAUGACCAAGGAAUCGAGCCAGUCGCGCAGACAGCCAGCCAAUGAGAGCACACGCUUUGACUACUACCAUUCGCAUUUGGAAAAGGGUUGGGCGGAAUGGCCCUUGGCGAGUCCACUAUUCCUGUUGCAUGGAAUAUGUUGUGAGUAACUUAUAUAAUAAUACACAUAUGUCUCUAUUUUCCCUCCCUUUUA